AGGUCAACGCAGUAAUAUUGCUUAAUUAUUAUUUUUUCCUUUCUUUAAAACGGAGUCGUUCUCUCUCUUCCAGCUUUUUAUUCUUCUUCUAUUAUUAUUAUUGCUAUCAAACAACACCAACCUCAGCAAUCUCGCGCUUCACCUCGUCUUCGCUUUGUCCGCUUUUUCCCACCCACGUGGGCAUCAGACACACACACACACACCAGAACUCAAAAAAAAGAGAUGUCGUCGUUCUCGAACGCUGCGGUCCCGGCUGGCGAGACCGCCUGGCGCGAGGACGCUGCAGCGGACGCACCGGCCGACAGCGCCACGCCAGAUAACUUCACGCCGGCGAAGAACCCCGACGACGGAGUGCCGGGGGUGUUUGAUAUGACGCCCAACGACGCUGUCGCGAUGGCGGAGCACCCAGAUGCGGUGGGCUUCUUCAAGGUCGUGCCGUGGGUCCGCAAGUUCCCUGUUCUCGGAAUCGCCGUGGAGGCCUUCGGCCCUGUCUUCAUCUUCUCGCUCGGCAGCUGCUACUUUCUGAUGAAGGGCAUAACGGAGAACAUCGUCGGCUUCUCGAAGCAGCCGAUGAUGUCGAAGCGGUACGGCAUCGACGCGGUGCGUUACCAGCGCCUGGCCGGCAUCACCAAGAUGGGCACCUCCAUCAAGGCCUUCAUCGCCGUCAUCACUGACAUCUUCCCCCUCUUCGGCUACACGAAGCGGUGGUACAUGUUCGGGUCCUGCCUGAUCGGCUUUGCGUUUACCCUCGGCUACGGAUUACUUCCGGCAAAGAAGUCGUCCGCGGACAUCGCGGCAGGUUUCAUGUUCCUCUCCGUAUUUGCCCGCGCCAACGUGGACCUGCUUUCCGAGGGCCACUACAGCCGUCUCAUCCGGCGUAACGCGAAGGCCGGACCAGCCAUGGUGAGCUGGAUUUGGUGGAUGAUCAUGUUCGGCACGAUCAUCGCCUCCCUCAUUCAAGGCCCCCUGUCCGACGGUGGCAAGAUGCAGAUUGGCCUCUACGUCGCCGCCGCCCUGCACAUCUUCCCCUGCAUCAUAUUUAUCAUGAACUGGUACGACGAGAAGAAGAACAAGGUGGAGCGGCACGAGGACGCGGUCCGCCUGUACAACGAUAUGAAGAUCGCCCGUCGGGAGCACCGCGUCAGGGCGCACGCGAAGAGGCGGCAAGACAAGGCAGACGGCAACAAGACGGUGAGUUACUUUCAACCUGAAGAGGGCACCAUCCGCAUGGAGCCGCUGGAGGGCGAGAACGACGACGACCUUGUCGGCUUCUCCAACGCCGUCGCCGUGGCCGACGACGCCGAUCUGGCCUUCGGAGACGACUACGCAGACGACGACGAAACGGAGUUCCAGGAGCCCGACAUCGCCACCUUCUGCUGUGGCGCAGUCGAGGUGAACAAGGAGGUCUUUGUGCGCAACUGGAAGAUCGUUGUGUACAGUGUGGUCAUGACGUGCGCCGUCAUCACGAUGGCCUGCGUGACCAUCCUCGGCACCAUCUGGGAUCUGCUGUACGCCUGCAUCGCCGUCUCGGUGGUGUGCUGCGUCUGCGCCUUCCUGACGCUGCCGCGCGUGAUUGCCAAGGCGAACGUGUUCACCUACUUCGACUUCGUCCUCUACAUCUCGCUGCCGGGUGUGCUGGACACCUUCUACGUGGCCGAUGAAGCGUGCGUGCCGGGCGGCCCCCACUUCUCCUACACCUUCUACAACACCGUUGGUGCGGUGAUCCAGAACGUGGCCGGCAUGGUCGGCGUGGCGAUGUUCACGUACAUGUUCUCGCACAUGCGUUACCAGGUCGUCAUGUGCAUCACCGUCAUCAUCCGCAUCGUCGCCUCCGUCUUUGAUCUCGUCAUGGUCGAGCGCUGGAAUGUAUACAUCGGCAUCCCGGACCACGCCAUGUACAUCUGCGGGGACGCCAUCGUGUACGAGUUGUGCUACAUGCUCGGAUACAUGCCCAUUGUGAUGCUGCUCUCGCGAGUGUGCCCGCGUGGGUCGGAGAGCAUGGUGUACGCGCUGAUGGCCGGCUUCGGUAACCUGGGCUCGUCCAUGUCGAACACGAUCGGGUCGCUGCUGGUCGAGCUGGCGUGGCCCAUCGACACGAAGGUGAAGCCGUGCGACUACAGCAACGCGCGUUGGCUGAUCAUCACGGGUCACCUCGCCAUCCCUGCUCUGAUUAUUCCACUGGGCUUUCUGAUGAUGCCGUCAGCGCGCAUCUGCGACGACAUCGAUGUCAACGGACACGCAAUUCACAAGCAGGUAAAGGCGGAGGUGAAGGAGGAGGAGAAGGACAAGAAGGACAAGAAGGUGAAGAAGGUGGAUGCGGUGGAGCCGUUUGAGAGCUCCGAGUCGGACUAG